AGUUCUCACUCCUCACCGAAAUGAUUUUUUAGGUUUUCACGCCUGUUCUGGCUAACCAAACAUGGCUUCACCUGUAACUGUAAAAGAAGGUACUCUCUCAGUCUCGGUUUGUUUGGCUACCGUGGAAAUUGAGGAAACUUUCUUAAAAAAGAUGGAGAGGGACUUGGAAAAGGGACUGGUUACGCCAGCACCGAACCAGAACCCUCUGGCAGAGCCAUCGCCGUCGCCGUCUCCGUCGUCGACUGCCUCAGCUCCGGCGCUGGUGCUUUCGAGCUCCAGCAAACGGAUCGAUCAGGCGGGGAAGAAGAAGUAUGUGAAGCAAGUGACCGGCCGUCACAACGACACAGAACUCCAUCUAGCGGCGCAGCGCGGCGAUUUGGCUGCCGUGAAGCAGAUUCUGGACGAUAUUCAUUCGCAGAUCGGUGAUACCAUGAGCGGUGCCGAGUUCGAAGCUGAGGUUGCUGAGGUGAGAACUUUGAUGGUGAAUGAAGUGAAUGAGUUGGGAGAGACGGCGCUGUUCACUGCAGCGGAGAAAGGGCAUAUUGAUGUCGUGAAGGAAUUGUUGAAGUAUUCAAAUAGAGAGGGUAUAUCGAGGAAGAACCGGUCGCAGUUCGGUCCUUUGCAUAUAGCUGCUGCUCAGGGACACCAUGCCAUUGUCCAAGUUCUGUUAGACUAUGACCCAGAGCUGAGCAAAACAAUUGGGCCAUCAAAUGCAACCCCCCUAGUUUCUGCUGCAUCAAGAGGGCAUACAGCAGUAGUUAUUGAACUGUUGUCAAAGGAUUGUAGCUUGUUAGAGAUUGCCAAAUCCAAUGGGAAAAAUGCAUUACAUUUGGCUGCUCGACAGGGUCACGUUGACAUUGUAGAAGCAUUACUGGAAAAAGAUCCACAGUUGGCACGAAGAACUGACAAGAAAGGACAAACUGCAUUACACAUGGCUGUAAAAGGGGUGAGCUGUGAGGUGGUGAAAUUACUUCUUAAUGCAGAUGCCGCUAUUGUUAUGCUCCCGGACAAGCAAGGUAAUACAGCAUUACAUGUCGCCACCAGGAAAAAGCGAGCAGAGAUAGUGAAUGAAUUGUUGCGCCUCCCUGACGCCAAUGUUAACGCACUGAACAGAGACCACAAAACAUCUCUUGAUAUAGCUGAAGACCUUCCCCACUCUGAAGAAGCUUCAGAUAUAAAGAACUGCCUUAUUCGCUAUGGUGCUAUCAAAGCUAAUGAACUAAACCAACCAAGAGACGAGUUGAGGAAUACCGUGACUCAGAUCAAGAGAGAUGUCCACACUCAACUUGAACAAACCAGGAGAACAAACAAAAAUGUCUAUAACAUUUCUAAAGAGCUCAGAAAACUCCACCGAGAAGGGAUCAACAAUGCCACCAACUCAGUGACUGUGGUGGCUGUUCUAUUUGCAACAGUUGCCUUUGCCGCCAUUUUCACUGUGCCUGGUGGAGAUAACAACAAGGAUGGGACAGGGGUGGCAGUGAAGAGUGCUUCUUUUAAAAUCUUCUUCAUCUUCAAUGCCUUAGCACUUUUCACAUCCUUGGCUGUUGUGGUAGUUCAAAUUACUUUGGUCAGAGGGGAGACAAAAGCAGAGAGAAACGUGGUGGUGGUGAUCAACAAGUUGAUGUGGUUGGCUUCUGUGUGUACGUCAGUGGCUUUUAUUGCCUCCUCUUAUAUAGUGGUUGGCAGGCAUAACGAAUGGGCUGCGAUUUUCGUUACAGUUGUAGGAGGAGUAAUAAUGGCCGGGGUCCUUGGCACCAUGACUUACUAUGUGGUUAAAUCAAAGAGGAUAAGAGCAGUGAGGAGGAAAGACAAGAAUGCAAGGAGGAGCGGAUCCAACUCCUGGCAUCACUCCGAGUUCUCCGAUUCAGAAAUUGAUAGGAUUUAUGCCCUCUGAUGCAGAACCUAUCAGAAUUUGUAGAAUCGUAGAGAAAGAAGAAGAACAACUGAUGCAGGAUAGCGAGGUGUUUGGUUGCACUUCCCCAAAAGCCCUGAAGCUCCAGGAAUUAACAAGGAUACAAUUGACAGCAAGCGUUCUGCAGGGGUUGGCUGGCAUGUUGUCUAUAUUCCUGCCAUUGGACUGUAAGUCUGUAACAAACUGAAACUCUUUGACCUUAGGCCUGUUCUAUUGAUGCCCUUGUUUAGCUAAAUAUGAAAACGGAAAAGGGGAGGUUGCUUUUUUGAGCGUUGGUUCUGUACAUAUACAAUCCAGAAACUAAAAGGAUUUCAUGAUUCGAGCAA